UUGCCCCAUUUCCUUUUACCAGACUAUGGACACAUUAAAAGCUUUCUUGUGGAUGUUUGCAUAUCUUCAGAAGAGCACAUUCAUAUCAAAGGGCUGUUUAGGAAAUUAGAGUUUGAAUUUCAUCUAAAGGCACUAAAGAAUAAACUGGAUUUCUGUGAACAUGACCUGAUUUUUGCAUUUCCUUUUGACAUUGCAGGAACUAAGUAGUUCUUCAGGGAAUCUGUAGCACCCAUUCCCUCAGCUGACUUGUACGAAGCAUUUUUCAAAGCUCCACUGUUAGGAUCAGAAGAGAAGAAUACAAUUGCCUUGUUCCUUUUUAGUCUUAUGGCUGAUUGUACAGUUGAUAUAUUAAGAUAUUUCUGUAACUUUCUCAGGAUUGUUUCUCUUAGGUCCUGUGAGAAUAAGACAGAUAGGAGCAAAUCUGCCAAAAUCUAGACAAAUAAAGGACAUGAAAACAUGUUUGCUAACAUAGAAAUAAAGCUAUCAUUACAAGUGCAGUAGUACAGGCUUAAACAUUAUACCUCAGACAUUGAGUGUGCACUCGAUUUUAUGCUGUAAAGAUUUCAACUAUGUUAGAUAUUGAUGGUCUCUCUGCUAGUCCAUCAUUGGAAAGCUUGGAAAGAAGUGAAUGCAAAACCCUUCAAUGGUACUGCCUAG